UUUUUUCUAGUUGGAAUAUGGCGAGUCUGUUUGGCUGGAAAUAUUGCAACAAGUCGGGGCAAAAAACACCGUUUUUAAUACCCGGCAAAUAUAUUCGGACACUUUGAUGCUUGAACUGGCCUCUGCGUUGGCGGAAAAAAUUGGAGUUUCUGCCAAUAAGACUGUUGAAUUUUUUGGAAGGUGUUUUGUUAGAUUUUUUAGUAAUUUGGGAUACGGAUGUAUGAUAAAAGCAACAGGCCGUUACUUCUGUGAUUUCCUGCAAAGUGUCGACAACAUUCACAUCCAAAUGCGAUUCACAUAUCCGAAAAUGAAGAGCCCUUCCAUGUACAUCACACAUAUCGAUCCCCACGGAGUAGUUUUGGUCUACCGGAGCAAUCGGCAAGGCUUGACCCAUUAUUUGAUCGGUGGGUCAAAAAUGAAUUUAAACAAAAAAAAGAAAAUGAUUAAAUUUUGGAAUUCCGCAGGAAUUUUGUUCCAAAUAGCGAAAGACCUCUACGAAACAACCCUGGACAUCCGGGUGCUGGAAAACCUGAACAACAUCCCCGGGUCGAGGAACGUUAUGGUGAAAUUCCGUAUCGAUUUCGACAACCGCGAAUACACGGCAAAGACGAAUCGCAUGAAAGCCCCAAUCGGCAGAGAGCUUUCUCCAGUUUCUUGCGGAUUACUUCUCAGAUUAUUCCCUUUCGGAGUGAUGGUUAAUCGCGAGAUGAGGAUCGAGGGGGCAGGUGAGAAGUUGCUACAAGUUUGGGGAGGAAACAAUUCUAUUUUGAACAGGCAUAUUGCUGAGAUUUUCAAACUAAGGAGGCCCAAAGGAAUUUCAUUUACUUGGCGCAAUGUUAUUUAUUUGUACUCAGUUAUGUUCGAACUGGAAUUAAUUCGCUCUAAUGAAACAGUAACUAAUUCAGACCGUGACCCCGGAAGCUCCAAAUCCGGAUUGGAUCGCAAGGGAAGUCACGGUGCACGGAGUAUUCUUUUAAAGGGACAAAUGCGAUACAUCGAAGAUAUCAAGUCUAUAAUUUUCCUCUGUAGUCCUUUAAUUAAUAGCCUGGAUGAGUUACCGAGCAUGGGACUGUAUCUAAACGACCUAAACCCUCAUGGAAUGAGUCGGGAGAUGGUUCUGGCUGGUUGGCAACAUUGUGACAGGUUGGAAAUGAUGUUCGAAAGGGCUGAGCAAAGGUCAGAGGAACUGGAAACUAGUUACGCGUUGCUAGAUCGCUGGAAAAAUAAAAGCGACGAGCUGCUUUACUCUAUGAUACCUCAGACGGUCGCAGAUCGGCUCAGAAGUGGCUCUAAUCCUCUGAGUACAUGUGAGUCUUUUGAAUCAAUAUCAGUAUUGUUUUGCGAGCUUUGUGACUUUGACUACUCGACAAUCGAGGGUGUGAUGGACAUAGUGUCCUCGAUGAACGCCGUUUUUUCCUGUUUCGAUUCUCUAAUGGACAAGUUCAACGUCUACAAGGUGGAGACAGUAGGACGUAUUUAUAUGGCGGCAAGUGGAGCUCCAGACAGGACGAAACAUCAUGCGAGGAAUAUCGCAGACGUAUCAUUGCAACUAAUCAAACGUGUACGCUCUCUCCAAUUACCUUCAGGGAUUGACAUACAAAUACGGAUAGGAAUUCAUUCAGGACCCGCAGUUGCAGGAGUCGUAGGGAUUAAAGUUCCGAGAUACUGUUUUUUCGGCGACACAGUGAACACUGCAUCAAGAAUGCAGUCUACAGGGUUGCCGGGAAAAGUGCACAUUUCACCGGAAACUAAAGCAUUACUGCCCUCAGAUCGCUACCGGGUUGAGUCCCGAGGGGUGUUGUGGGUCAAGGGGAAAGGAAACAUGGAGACUUAUUGGCUGUACGGGACAGACGAAUCCCCCACUAAGGAAAAUUCACCCCAAACUAUCAUAACAAAUGUCUAA